AUGUUUACUCAGUUGAAGAUCAAUCUUCCGUUCAUCGAGGCGCUUCAGUCUAUGCCUAAGUAUGCGAAAUUCCUUAAAGAUCUUUUGAAGCGUAAGGAGAGAAUCGGCGAGCUUUUGAAUAUUUCGUUGACAGGAGGUUGUUCCGCAGUAGUCUUGAAUAAGCUAUCAGAGAAGUUGACAGACCCAGGCACAUUCACGAUUCCAUGUUUUUUCGGGGGAGCCGUUACCCCUGCUCACGCCUUAGCCGAUUUAGGGGCCAGCAUCAUUCUGAUGCCAUUUUCGUUGUAUGAGCGACUUGGUCUAGGAGAGCUUACACCCACGCGCAUGUCAUUGUCCUUGGCUGACCGAUCAGUCAAGUAUCCUCGUGGGAUAGUAGAGAAUUUGUUGGUGAAGGUUGAUAGGUUUGUGUUCCCAGUGGAUUUCGUUGUGCUCGAUAUGGAGGCUGAUGAGAGAGUUCCUAUUAUUCUAGGCCGUCCAUUCCUUCGAACCGCAAAGGCGAUCAUUGACGUCUUUGACGGUAAGAUUUCUCUUCGUGCGGGUGACGAGAUUGUCACAUUCGAGAUUGAUAGAGCGAUGCAGCAUCCUAGCGGUCGUGAUGAUGAUAGUGGGUCGUGUCAUUCCGUUUACUUUCUCAAUUCAUUCAUAUCUUGCGUCGACACGUGUCUUGAGUACAUUAGUGGAGCUGAUUUAGUAGGUGAGGGAGUUGUUGACGAGCAUUCUGAGGAUGGGGUAGAUGAGGUAGAGGAGGAGCAGUUGGAUGAGAGUGAUGAGUUGAGUGCUGAGUCUUUAGAGCUCGAUGCGAUUAGUGAUGAGAGUACUCCUGUAGAGAUUCCACCACCUUUAGAACUUAAGGUUCUUCCAUCCCAUCUCGAGUACGCAUUUCUAGGAGAGAAGCCGAAUAUGCCUGUCAUCAUAUCUUUGAAGUUGACAGAGGAGGAGAAGGCGAGGUUGAUUGAGGUGCUUAGAGAGCACAGUGAUGCGAUUGCCUGGAGGCUAUCCGAUAUCAAGGGCAUCAGCCCUACUUUUUGCACGCAUCGCAUUCUGAUGGAGCAUGUUUAUAAGCCUGUAGUGCAGCCGCAACGUCGCUUGAAUCCGAAUAUGCAGGAGGUAGUAAAGAAGGAGGUGAUGAAGUUGUUAGAGUCUGGUUUGAUCUAUCCUAUUUCUGAUUCAGCUUGGGUGAGUCCCACACAGGUCGUCCCGAAGAAAGGGGGGAUGACAGUUGUUCUGAACUCGAAGAAUGAUCUUAUUCCGUCUCGUACUGUUACGGGUUUGCGUGUGUGCAUUGACUAUCGAAAGGCACAAGAUUCGAGAGCUGGUAUUGAGGUUGAUGGGGCGAAGAUAGAUACGAUUAGCCAGCUUCCUCCGCCGACUAGUGUCAAGUCGGUUCGUAGUUUUCUCGGUCAUGCGGGAUUUUAUAGGCGCUUUAUUAGGGAUUUUUCCAAAAUUACUCGCCCCAUGACGCGAUUGUUGGAGAAGGACGUUCCUUUUGUCUUUGACGAGGAGUGCCUUCGAGCGUUUGAGUUUUUGAAGGAGAAGUUAGUGAGUGCACCGAUCCUCGUGUCGCCUGAUUGGAGCUUACCAUUCGAGUUGAUGUGCGAUGCGAGCGACUACGCAGUUGGUGCAGUGUUAGGGCAGAGACGGGAGAAGCAUUUUCACCCGAUUUACUAUGCGAGUAAAACAUUGAAUGAUGCCCAGGAGAAUUACACCACCACGGAGAAGGAGUUGUUAGCGGUGGUGUUUGCGUUCGACAAAUUUCGGUCGUAUCUCGUUCUGUCGAAAACCGUCGAUAAGAAAGGGGCAGAGAAUGUGGCGGCGGACCACUUGUCCCGCCUUGAGGAUCCUAAGAGAGAGGAGAUUCGUGAGGAGGCGAUAGGGGAUAGAUUCCCUCACGAGUCUAUUGAUGCUGUCACGGUAGGAGCCGUGGAUCUACCGUGGUAUAGCGAUAUAGCCAAUUAUUUGGCCGACGGGUUUGUGAUUGAGAACAUGAGUGCGCAGCAAAAGCGGAAGCUGAUGAGGGACGCUAGGAAGUACAUAUGGGAUGACCCUUACCUUUUUAGGAUUGGAGGCGACCGUAUACUUAGGAGGUGUGUUAGUAAGGAAGAAGGUGUUGGGAUCCUGAGGCACGUGCAUAAGGGUUUGACAGGAGGUCACCACGGAGCACAUACGACCGCGUAA